GAACAGAAGGAGACGUUAGAAGUGUUCCGCAAACAAGUGUUCGAUGAAAAAAUCAUUCGAGAAGGGGACACUAUUGGGACGGAUGACGAAACCCUACUUCGGUUUCUUCGCGCACGCAAGUUCAAUUUGAAUGAAUCAAAAAAGAUGUUGCAGAAUUGUCAACAAUGGCGGAAAACCGUCGGAGGCGACGGGAUAGAUGCGUUAUAUGACAAACUAGAUCCUUAUGAUUACCCUGAGCGGGAAGAAAUAUUCAAGUCCUGGUCCAUGUAUUUCCACAAGGCAAACAAGAAAGGCCGACCUGUGAACAUCCAGUUCUUUGGCGGGCUAAACCUUCCGGAGUUAUACAAGCAUGUCACACCGGAGAGGCACUGGGAGGCUAUUGUUGUAAACGCAGAUUCCCUUACCCGCGAAGUGCUUCCAGCUGCAUCACGUGCUGCAGGGAAGCGUAUUCACCAAUCGAUUGUAAUUGUGGACCUUAAAGGGUUUGGGCUAUCACAGUUUUGGCAAGUGAAAUCGUUGGCACAAGCCUCAUUCCAGAUCUCACAGGAUUAUUUUCCUGACACAAUGGGUCAACUUUUGAUAAUCAAUGCGCCGUCCUCGUUUACCUUUAUUUGGGGAAUCAUCAAGCCCUGGCUGGCAAAAGAGACUGUAGAGAAGGUCGACAUUCUCGGUUCGAACUAUAGAGAGAUUCUACUCGAUGUGGUAGAUGCGGAAAACCUACCCGAAAUACUGGGAGGUACGUGCACUUGCGAGGGUGAAGGAGGAUGCGACCUUAGCGGAGCAGGACCAUGGAUGGAUGAGAGGAAGGAAAGG